AUGACUUCUUUACUGGACAGUACCGCACAUUUCAGUGAUCGUUGUGCGCGCUUGGGUUUGACAGUUGGCUUUGUUGCUGCAUUAGGAGCUGCAGGUGUUGAUUCCUUGUCACGUCUUGCUUUUAUUGUAGGGCAACCAGGUCAGCCUAUUCAGAAUCAGGAUGUGGAUGAUUUCAUUCAGAGAUCCUUGGGCAGGGCUGGAACGAUUGCUGAGGCCAGUUCACUGAAACGGUUGACAUUUGAGGCUCAUACUUAUUUAGUUGCCACCUUGCGGCAACAGGUAGAUCAUUCAGAGGAUUCUCAGCCCCGUAGGGUGGCAUUUGCAGAGCGCACUCAGCGCAUGGAAGCUUUGCGAGCUGAGCUUCGAGGCAUUGACAUCAGGGGUGAACUGGAGCCGGCCCACGGCUUAUUGGACAAGACUUGCAAGAUGUUUGAUGACAACACCAUUAGGUGGCUGGAACCAUCGACGUGCAUUUCACGAAGCAUGGAAGUGCAAGGUGCAACAAAAGCUCGAGAACUUACGCUGGAGAAAGGUGCUUUGAUUCUUAAAAGUGAUGACAAGCAGACGUGCUCAACUGACUCUGAGAUAAAGUUGCACUACGCAUUUACACGUAGGGCGGUGGCAUUGGCCUUUGCAAGGAUCAUGACCUUUCAGCAGCACAGCGCUUGGGAGACUUUUCUCUUCGAAAGCUUGCACCGUGAGGUACCACCGGGCUACACAAAGGCAAGCCUAGCUCAGGUGGUCAGUUGUGACAAGGCCGCAUGGUCGAGAUUGGCGACAUUGAAUUGCCAGGUUCGAGAAGAUGCCAACGGAAAUUUCCCUCUUGGAGAGGGGUGCUACAAAUGGAUUUGGUUUGUGAUCGGAAGCACCAGCACACUGGCUGGGGUUUUACAACUGAUGCAGCUGGGCGUAAAAUUUGGGCUACGUCGACAGCCAAGAGGCGCCAAACUUCCUCCCAUGCUGCCCGCUUUUCAGCAGUCUGCAGUCUUCUUUGCAGAGGGCCCUUCUCAAAUCCCAUGUUCUUUGAUGGCAAAGCUCACCACUGAUAUCACCUUGCGUACGGAUACAUGCGUUGUCUUUGGAGCGGACAAGAAGCAUACAAUCAUUUAUGAGUUGGAACUUUGCGCGGCAGUGCUGGCUUUGGAUUUUUGGGCCAGUGUUAUGCAAGGUGGCCUACAAGUUUGCUUUGGAGACAAUGAUGGAGUGAGAUUUUCUUUGAUACGUGGCACUGGAGCGAGUUUUGUGGCUUCGUGGUUGAUGGAAUAUCAUCUAAACCAGGAAGCUGACAACAACCUUUGUCUUUGGUUUGCUCGAGUUCCUACAGAAGCUAAUAUCAGCGACUUUCCUUCUAGGGGAGCUUACCACCCUAUGUUGACUGGACGUUGUGAUCAAUCUGUGGAAGCUUCAGCUUGCUUUGAGCUGUUGAAAUGCAAGUUCGUGGCUGGCAAUGCUCAAUAG